CAUGAGACGUUGAUUUAAAGUGUUCAACUAGUAUACCUUGUAAUUCGAACCAUGAUUGUGUAGUGUGUACAUAUUUUUUACUGUUCAUUGCAAAUUGCAAAUUUUAUCCUCUUACUUAGUUUUCCGAUUAUUUAAUGGUUUCAUUUUCAUUGUGAUUUAAGUUGUUACAGGUAAAAAACUAAUUAUUUUGAUUUACUGAACAAAUGUUUCUGUAUUCAUCGUAAAAUAUAUUUUACUAGUUUGCACAAAUAUCUUGGCAAAAUGGUGCUGUUGGCUUCAGCAGUAUGUACAAAAACUGGAAAAACUAUAGUUUCACGACAGUUUGUUGAAAUGACAAAAGCGCGGAUUGAAGGUUUACUGGCAGCAUUUCCCAAGCUAAUGUCAACAGAAAAGCGUCAUAUUCAACACACCUUUGUGGAAACAGAUUCGGUACGCUAUGUAUACCAACCAUUGGACAAACUCUAUAUGUUAUUAAUCACUACUAAGACCAGCAACAUAUUGGAGGAUUUAGAAACAUUGAGAUUGUUUUCAAAAGUAGUACUCGACUGUUGCAAGUAAUAAAUUUAACAUUAUGAAUAAAGUUUGUGAUUGUUUAAUUAAUAUUUGUUUAAAUUAUUCUGAUUUAGGUUAGUAGACGAGAGCGAAGUAUCAAAAAAGUCUUUUGAUUUAAUAUUUGCUUUUGAUGAAAUUGUUGCCCUUGGAUAUAGGGAAAGUGUUAAUUUAGCACAAGUAAGAACAUUUGUUGAAAUGGAUUCUCACGAAGAGAAAAUGUAUCAAGCUGUCCGUCAAUCACAAGAACGUGAUGCCAAAGUCAAAAUGCGCGAAAAAGCAAAAGAAUUACAACGUCAAAGAAUCGAUGCUGUCAAAAAAGGGGGCCGUAUAUCAUCGUCAUCAAAUUCUUACAUGUCAAUGACUCCAGUUGCAGAUUCGAUUUAUGAAAUUAAAGUUUCCAAACCAGAAACACCAAAAUACACAACAACCAAUAAGGCUUUAAAAUUAGGAGCUAAAUCUAAGGAUGUAGAUUUGUUUGUUGAUCAAUUGAAAUCUGAAGGUGAGAAAGUUGUACCAAUUAAUAAGAAAGCAACUAUUAUAUCUACUUCAUCAACGGUUCAAAGCGAUAUCCAUAUUAAAAAAGAAGAACGUUUAAUUGCAAUUGUUGGUCGUGAUGGAGGCGUUCGCAAUUUUGAAUUACAUGGAUUAAUUUCAUUAAGAAUUUCAAAUGAAAACUAUCAAAAAAUUGUUUUACAAUUUAAUACUGAAUCUGGAAACAUUCCACUGCAAACGCAUCCUAAUAUUGACAAGGAACUUUUUAAGACUAACCGAUUAAUAGGUUUGAAAAAUCCAACAAAGCCAUUUCCAGUUGACUCUGAAGUAGGGUUAUUAAAAUGGACUUUACAGUCACAAGAAGAAUCGGCUAUACCGCUUUCUAUUAAUUGCUGGCCUAGUGAAAAUGGUUAUGGUGGCUGUGAUGUAAAUAUUGAAUAUAACUUGGAACAUGUUGAUCUUGAAUUGAAUAAUGUUACUGUCACUGUUCCAUUACCAUUUGGAAAUGCUCCAGUUAUUCAAGAAUGCAGUGGAGUCUAUAGUUAUGAGCCUAAGAAAAAUGUUUUAAUAUGGUCUGUUGCUGUAGUUGAUUCGUCUAACCCUACAGGAUCUAUUGAAUUUGAAGCACCCAAAUCAAUUGCUUCAGAUUUCUUUCCAAUUAAAGUAGAUUUCAUGUCAAAAUCUUCUUACAAUAAAAUUAAGCCGUUGGAAAUUAGGGCAAUUGACGAUAACACUCCUGUUAAGUUUACAUCCGAAACAUCUUUAUAUACAGGAAAUUAUGAAAUUGUUUGAACAUUAAAAAUUAUUUUCUGGUUUUAACAUUAAUCUUAUUAAUAUUAUAUUCUUAUUAUUCUUAUUAUUAUUAUUAUUAUUACAAAUUUUUAAAUUAAAAUACACCUUAAAGAACUAUACAAUUAUUUUAUUUAAAUAUACAUAAAAAAAAAAAAAAAAAAUAAUUAUUCAUUAGAAUUAUUUUGAGAUGCAGAUAAAAGUAGUUCUUGAACUUCUUUUAAAUAAGAAAUCUGUGAUCGAACUGUGCUUAAAUAUUGAGGAUAUGUUAGUGAACUUAACUCCUGGGCUGGCAAUGGUUCUGUUCUUGUAGGAUAUACCAUCAGUGGUAUAUAUCGCUGACUGCUUAAGCCUAAACAUUAAUAUAUAUGUGAAUUACAAAAUUGUCCAGGUUAUAAUUAUAUAGUAUAAUAAGUAAUUCAAUUCAUACCUAGAUAUAAAUACAUACAUUUUUGAAUUAAGCUGAUAAGUAUUAAAUUAUUUAUUAUAGAUAUUAUUAUUAUUUUGAGAGAUUAUGUAAACGGAACGUAAAUUUUUAAAAAUAAAAUCAAUACUAUGAUACCUAAACAAAUUAGAAAUUAU